AUGGAAAACAGCUGGUUGAAAGAUUUGGGGUUGAUUAUUGCAGCUGAUUUCGGCAGUGCAGAAGUGCCAGCCAUUUUUAUCUUUGGUGAUUCAACUGCUGAUGUUGGGACUAACAAUUAUUUAAAGCUGGAGCUGACAACCGUUAUUAUGGAAUUGAUUACCCUCACUCGAAACCAACUGGGAGAUUCAGCCAGCAAUGGCUUUAACACCAUUGAUUUAGUUGCAAUACACUGCAUGCAUGGUGUGAAUUUUGCUUCUGGAGGAUCUGGAAUUUGCAGAGAAACUGGAUCUAGGCCAUUUACAAAUGUUGUCCCUCUAGGGAAACAAAUUGAACAAUUCGCAACAGUUCGUGGAAAUAUGACGGAGUUGCUAGGUGAAGCAAAAACUGAAUCUCUGCUGGCUAACUCCUUGUUGUACAUCAUAAGGGUGGGAAGCAAUGAUCUGCUUGAAUAUGUUCGCUACGACUUCAAGAACAAAUCAUUUGCUCUUCACCGCCUUGCUCUAAGUAUUCUACGCAUCAACUCUCGACCUUUUGUGAAACUUCAGCUCUUCACUCGGUGGAGUGAAGUUUUCGCUUGGAAAUGCGUACGACAUAGCCACGGAUAUCUAUUAUCGGCAAUCCUCUUUCACAUGAAGCCUGCUGCGGGACAGGAGCCCUUCAAUGGAGAAGACAAAUGCACCCCGCAAUCCAAGCUUUGCCAGAAGCGAAAAGAUUUCUUCUUCUGGGACUGGUAUCAUCCCACUCAAAAUGUUUCUUAUUUGGCGGCCAAUAAACUAGUUUAUGGAGGAGAGGCUGAUGAGUAUGUUACCCCUAUCAACUUCAAUCAGCUGGCUUCUAUAUAG